AUGGCAUCUAUUACAAAAGAUGACUUUAAUGUAGUUAUCUCUCAUCUAUCGGUUAGUCAUACUCGAAAGAAUAGAAAUCUAUACGCUACACUCGAUUUUGAUGGUUUCAAACAAAUGAAAACUGAUAUAACUACUUCAACAAAAGAGGGAAAAGCAGCAUGGAGUCAAAGAUUUGAUUUUCAAUAUGAAACAAAGUAUAUACACAAGUUGAAUAUGAAACAUUUCAAGUUGAAUCUGUAUAAAAAGAAAUCAUUGUCUGCUGAUUCAUUGGUUGGAUCAGUGUUGGUAGAUCUCUAUACUCUGGCAACCGGUCCAAUCGAUCAUGAUAUACUACUGACAAAAGCAUCGAUGGGUGUUGGUAGAGCUAGAUUCAAAUUACAAAUGGUACAUGUAUCACGUAUUCGAAUCAAUGUCGAUCAUAUUGCAAUCACAAAUCUCCAUAAAUCAAUUACUUCUGGUAGUUCUGAUUGUACAAAUUAUUUGGAGUAUUCUUUAAAUAAUAAUCAUAUAAAUUCAUCACCAAAAAUAGAAGGAUCAUUAUGUCCAACUUGGAUGAAUCUACCACCAAUCAGUCAAAUCAUUUCACUCAAGGAUUUGGUAGACAGUCAAUUACAUUUUACAUUUAAAGAAAAAUCACUUAAAGAUAAAACUCUUGGUCAAUUGGUUUUACCAAUUAAAAAUAUAUUUUCAUUUAUUGAAGGUGAUACAAAACAUAUUAAUACAUGGUUGGUUAGUAUGGACAAUGAAAAGAUUGCCGAUUUAUUUGUAAAGAUCCAGUUUAAUGAGAUUCCCCAGUUGGCUCAAAUGUUGGAGGGUAUACACACCGAGACUGGUAUACAAAACGGUCAACCUUUCUUCUCGGGUGUACCACUACCAAAACUACUCGGUGAUAUCACCAACCCUGUACCACAAGACAUUAAACUGCCACAGGGAUGGGAGAGCAAGAUGGACCAGUUUGGCAGAACCUACUAUGUCAACCACAACACACGUCAAACAACUUGGACCAAUCCUCUCAUGUCUGCACCAGUCGAGAAAAAGAGUGGAUCAUUUUUAUUACAACAACAUGGUAGUAGUAAUAAUAGUAAUGGUAAUCUUGCAUCUCACAAUGAUGCAGUUAGAAAGAAUUCAAAGAGUAAGAGUAAUAUGAGUAGUAGCAAUGGAGGGGAAAAGACCAAAGAAGAAAAGGCAGCUAUUUUAAUUCAAAGAACAUUCCGUCGUCACAGAAAGGAUGUCUAUACUAAAACCAUUCGUAAUCCAAGUCAGUACCGUCAACCUUCCCAAAGACCACAAUUACCAUCUGGUUGGGAAUGUCGUAUCGAUGAUUACGGUCGUCCUUAUUAUCUAGAUCAUAUGAAUCGUACUACUACUUGGACUCCUCCCAAACCAAACAAAAAAUAA